AAUUUGCUUAUAGCUCCUCUGGAAUAGAUAUAUAAAAUGAAAGGACAUUGCAAAACAAGUCAGAAAGGAGAAAGGUCCUUUCUUUUGGGGUGCCAGUCUAUCAUGGCUCCCUAACAAUAAGAAGAGUACCACCCCUUCCCUCUCUUGACAUAUUAUAUUCCCUUGCUCUAUUCUGCAUCUUAUUAUCCUGGAAACUUCCAAAGAUAUCACAAACAACCCAAUUUAUGAUUUUUCAGAAUCUUUCAUCUUAAUCUCAAAACCACUUUCCCUUCAGCUAAAAGGUGAUUCUGGUUUUACAUUGCUCAAAGAUUGUCCUUUCAAAUCUUAGUACUAAAGUUUUAUUCUUGGAUUUCCAUUUUCUCCGUUAAUUUGGUGCAAAAAUCACUGAGUCACUGAUUCUUGUCUGGGUUUACAUCAGUGCUCUAUUUGAUCCAUAUCUUUGUAUAUAGUUAUAUACAUUGUCAUCCUUAUUCUUUAAUGGGUUGAAAAUUCAACCGUUAUGUAAUUCUUGAGGGUGCUUUUGAGGAGUACUGUGAUCUUGAUGGGUUGUCAAAGAAUCUGGCAGAUCAUCUACACAAUCUUUUGUUUUUUGUCGUUGUUAUCAUCUUCCAGGGUUAAUGGCUCAUUGAGUUAUGACACCGAGUCUUUAGAUGAAUCAAUUCGCAACUACGCGAUGGAAGCAUUAGUAAAACGACAACGUACUGGUAUUUUAAUAAAUGUUUCUCUGCCUGCAAAUUUUUCUGACAUGGAGGUCUCAAUUGUUAGGCUAAGGAGCGGUAGUUUUUGGGAGAGAGGAGCAAAUUUUAGUUCCUUUUAUAUUCCGCCAAUGGUUUUACCAUUCCCAUUUGUGAAGAGGUUAGCUAUUGUAUAUCAGAACUUGGGGAAUUUGUCUUCUCAUUACUAUAAAGUUGCUGGUUAUUCAUUAGUUGCUCCUGUUGCUGGGUUUGCCGCUUAUGAUGCUACAAAUUUAACGACAUUAGGUGAUGAAAAGCUCAAGUUUAAUGUAAUGGGUGGAGACAUUGUGGUUAAUUUUGGAAAUAUUGGGGAAUUAAAAUUUGGAAACGAGGAAGAAAUGAAAUGUGUCAAAUUUGGUGAUGGUGGGUUGGUUCAAUUCAGGAACUUGAUGGAGGGCUAUAGAUGUCUUGCACAAGGUGAUGGUCAUUUUUCCAUUGCAGUUCCAUCUAAAGAAGAUAAAGAAAAGAAGAGAAAGGCAUUGUGGGCUAUAAGAUUUGCAACUGGAUUUGUAGGAUUAGUUUUGGUAAUUGUGAUUUUGGUCACUACUUAUAAAUUAGUAAGGAGUAAAAGGGUUAGACAGAUGGAAGGUGAAUCUGAUAAUGGAGUGACUAUUGAUGUACAUUGGAUUGGAAGUAGUAAAAUGCCUUCUGCUUCAAUGGUAAGAACACAACCAGUCCUCGAACACGAUGAUGUUCCUUGAGUUCCUUUUUCUUUCUUUUUUUUUUUUUUUUUUU